CUGAUAAGAGCAAAAUACAGAAGACAAUAUUGCCCGUCAGAGAGAAGUAGAUGACAGACAUGUUUUUCGGGUUAUUUUUACUUUUGGUUAUUUUCAGUAAUGUGUGUGUUGCUGAAAAUAAGCGGGAAGAAAAGAGAAUAUUGAUAGACGAUAACUAUUACACUUUACUUUCACGACUGGAUGCACUAGAGAAGGAGGUGACCGAUCUGAAGUCCAACUAUGCGAGUGGUUCCCACAAAGAAGUGGCAUUUAUGGCCGAGCUGACCAAGACUAUUACCGGACAGAAUCACCAUAUCUACUUCGAUGACGUCAAACUGAACAUCGGGAAUGCCUACAAUCCGCACCACGGAACGUUUGUUGUCCCGGUAAACGGCACAUACCAGUUCUCGGUAACUGCAUGCUCUACUGCUGGACAUUAUAUUGUGCUUGAACUGAAUGCAAACAACGAUAUACUCGGGAAGGUAUUGGCUGGUGACGAUUCUUAUGGUGAUUGCAAUUCUAAAGUAUUCCUUGCUCAACUUCAAACUGGUGACGACGUUUUUGUUCAGCAUAUCUCACAAGGUGACAACCUCCUUUCAGCUUCUAGUUACGGAAAACCGUCUUUUACUGGAGUUCUACUUCACUAAAGUUGGAUAACAAGAAGACACGCAAUGCAUUUCUGCUAAUUUAUAUAUGAAUAGUAAAUAAACUACAGUAGUAUGCAAUUGGCUUCAUAUUUAAUUAAUCUAUUUGAUAAUAAUAUCUAAAUGUUG